GUUGUUCUAGUAUCUCCCGCAAUAUGAAGCUCUCACACGCACGCCUCGCUUUCCUGUUCCUCGCUUUCCUGUUACUCUCGAUAGCUUUGAUAAUCUCCACUGUUGUUGUAAGUCGGUAUCUGAAUUUCAACAGUGGAAUUGCUCCACGUACCGGUUCCGGGAGAGUUUUUAGGCCAUGUUCAUUUUCACGCAAAGUUCUAUGUGAGAUUAAACCUGUCAACAACAUUCCUAAAUCUUCUUCGUAUCACACUCACACUGUUUCCGGAUCGCCAACCCCGGAACCAGCUUGCACAAGGAAGCUCCUGUGCCAAACCAUGGGGGAACCACGGCCCCUAGAACAAACUUUGCCGAAUUUGGGAAGAAAGAUACUCAGUCUUCGUCCCAGAGGUUACAAUCUUGCUCUUGAAUGGCCAGCCCACAGCAAGAUUCCACUUAAGAUGAUGGAGAUAAUCCCUUUCCUCCGUCGUCAGCUCCGCAAGUAUAUGGUGAGUCUUGUGGCUCAACAGGAUCCUCCGACUCUGGAGAAUCUCUAUCGCCGUGGAAGAUUUCAGUUUAUACACGGGACCCUGCUGAUCAUGGGUGUGCUGUACCGACUCUUCCGCCGGUGGGAAGCUCGCUCGGGGUCGAAUAGCGACAACAAGGGGAGAAGAAACGUCAUAUAUCGACUCAUGUCAGAUAUGACUUCCCUCGUUGCAGAAGAAGUCAAAGGUGUUGUUGAAUACUAUUCAGACUUCCGAGUCGACCCUCCGGAGGAGUUUUCUCUGACCGUGCGACCAAAGCUUGUCCCUGAGCUCUUGCAAGCGUCUCGGGGUAUGAUUUUCAGCACUGAUGGACCUCCUCGUGCUCUUCUCCUCUAUCAUCCCACUGCACUCAGCUUGAUAUCAACAAACUUGGAGGGAGGAUUUGCAAGUCAACCUUUCCGGUGCGUAUACAUUGGAAUAUAUUCAUCAAUGUCGACGACGGAAAUUCCAGGUUCCUUGGAACCACAUCGGAAGAAUUUACUCAAAUGGAUUUCGUCUCGUGAAGGAUGUAUUAUCCACCCUUCUGGGUUCAUGAUUUCUUCCUUUGCGUGGCGGCUUGGUGCAUGCACACAUGCUGGUGGUGGUGGUGUGACAGUCGUUCAAACUGCAUUACAAAUCACCCAGAUCGCCCACGUUGUAGUGAAGGAGGUGACCAUCCAAAAUGCUGCGCAAAUACAUUUCGAGACCUGUUUACGAGUGGUCGUGAAAGAAGUGAAGGUGACAGCUCCAGAAGAUAGCCCCAACACAGAUGGUAUAAGCUUGGCCGAUGCUCAGAAGGCCACUGUCGAGUAUUCCGUUCUGUCGUUCACACUACUCGUGACGUGUUACAAUUUGGCCUCCUUAGAUUUCGAAUCGCGACCUGUCGCGUCUCCCAGGGCGACAGCUCGUGGUCAUGUGCGACCGAUUCUGGAGACCGUAGGAGCCAUUCUCCGAUUUCGUCCAGACUUGGAGAUGCUAGGGACCGAGGUGUUCGAUCGUAUGAAAACCAGGUUUAUGUCCGAAAUUUAGAAGAAUCUUGAUGAUGAGGAGAUGAGACAAGUUGCCCACCUUGGAGUCUAGGUAUGGUGAGUGCACUGGUAUUUACGGAUUGGGUCAGGGUCUAGUACUUGAAACCAACGUGAAAACUUUCGUACAUUAUUGUGCCUCUCUAGACAAUGUUCUCUGCUAAGCAAACCCCAGUCUUUCUUUCUGUUGGAUGAUCCUGGCAAAGAAUUAUGGACCCAUGUAUAGGUGCAUCGCUGUUUUCAUUGCGUCCUGCUGCAAAAGUUGCUACGGGGAUUAGUCCCUCAUAAUUUUGUAAACAUUUGACCCUUAUAAAGCUUUCCCCACUCUUUUUUGUUGUC